AUGUUGUAUAAACAAGACCAAUUCAAGGAUUAUCCUUAUCCUCAGAAGGGGCCCGAUGUCCCAGCCACCUACGACCGGAAGCCGAACCCGCCUCUGCGCGGUUUCGUGGUAAGCCUGGCCGCCUGGCUACUCGAGUGGGUGUGGUUCGUACCGAGUCUUAUCUGGCUGAAUGCCGGAUUCGGCUCAUUGCGUGCUAUCAAGCCGCAUCUGGAUUACACCGAGCCGCGAUAUGAUCCGACGGUGAUUCCGUUGCACGCCGAGCAGCGAUCCGACAGCGAGAACCCUUUCGAAGAACCUCCGUCCGCGACUUCCUCGUCCUCCGCCGUCUCGAACCCCAAGUACUAUUCGGUGGCCGACUACCAUGCGCUGUAUACAUCAGGCGAGCUGACGCCGACCGCGGUCAUUAAGGCGCUUUUGCCGCUCAUUCGUCGUGACUUGGAAACGCCCGGAAAACAUUCGAUUGCGUUCGCUGAUAGUCAGGUGGAGGCUGUGCUUGCUGCCGCGGAGGCCUCGACCCGUCGGUAUCGGGAGAAGCGCCCGUUGGGAUUGUUUGAUGGGGUUCCUACGGCCGUGAAAGAUGAAUUCGACGUGGACGGAUACCGCACGUUCCUCGGCUCGUUGAACGAUUAUACUCCGGAGACGAAGGCGGAUGGGUCGUCGAUCACGAACUGGUGUGUCAGACAACUCCAGAAUGCCGGCGCGAUUCUCGUGGGCAAACUCUCCAUGCAUGAGUUCGGACUGGAUACCACUGGCAACAACAUCCACUAUGGCACCCCUCCCAACCCGUACCAUCCCCAGUACUACACUGGCGGAAGCUCCUCGGGCUGCGCGUACGCCGUCAGCACGGGUCUAGUUCCCCUGGCCUUAGGCACCGACGGCGGCGGCAGUGUGCGCAUCCCGUCUGCCUUCUGCUCCGUCGUCGGCCUCAAACCCACGCACAACCGUCUGUCGCACUAUCCCGGAGUCAACUAUGCCAGCACAACCAGUGUCAUCGGCCCACUCGCCACCGAUAUUCGCACCCUGGCCGAAACCUACCGCAUUGUGGCUGCCCCUGGGCCCGACACGGCCUUCCCGACCCCUGGACCCCUGGUUCUGAACCCGUCGACCCGCGGAAAGAAGUACCUGGGCGUGUCUGAAACCUGGUUCUCGCGGGCAUCUCCGGACGUGCAGCGCCUUUGUCGGUCCCUGCUUGACAAGCUCGUGUCCGUGCACGACUACACUAUCGUCCCGAUCGAGAUCCCCUUCCUCGUCGAGGGCCAGAACGCCCACGCCAUGACGAUCCUGAACGACGCCGCCGCUGUGCUCACGGAGACCAGCAACUUCUCCGCCGCCAACCGCAUCCUUCUCGCGCUGGGUAGAGCCACCCCGGCGACUGACUACCUUCUCGCGCAGAAACUGCGCCAAAUGCUCAUGCAGCACCUGUCCGCUCUCUGGCAGGAAUUCCCCGGCAUGAUCAUCGUCACCCCCACGGCUGCGUGCACCGGAUGGCGCGUCAAGGCCUCCACCGAGCUCAGCUGGGGCUUCAGCGACGGCGACCAAACCCUGAAGGCCAUGGAGUAUGUCUGGCUGGCGAAUUUCACCGGCAUCCCGGCGCUCAGCGUCCCCGCUGGCUACGCCGAGCCGGAGAAGGGCGCGCGCGGCGAAGGUAAAGUCCCCGUGGGCCUGAUGGGCAAUGGCGAAUGGGGCAACGAGGAGGGACUCCUGCAAUGGGGGCUGCAAGUCGAGGAGAUCUCGUCACAGCUGCGUGAACGGCCACCCAUCUGGGAAGAUGUCAUCCAGCGAGCCCGUGACUUGAACUGCACCAGCGACAGCGAGGACGAGCAUGAGCAUGAGCAUGAAUCGUGAUAUAUGCAUUGUAUCAGGCGCAUUAGAUACAGACAGACAUUAGCCAAGACAGCGAGAUUUACCUGAACC